AUUGUCCACCACGUCUUAGAGAAUAGAAAUAAUGCAGAGUAAAAGUAAACAGUUUUCUGUAUAUAAUUUUUGUCAAUUUAAAAAAUGCCGCAACACAUCAGACAAAUGUCAUCUUUAUCGAUUUCCAGCUCGGGGUACACAGCGACACAAAGAAUGGAUCAAAAGAACUGGAAACCAAGAAUAUUUGCAGGGCUGGACAGAUUCAAGCAUCCGGAAAGCAGGCAUCUGUGGCGAUCAUUUCGACCCAAUAAUGUUCUUUGAAUCCUGCACACCUGGUGCGUACAAAAGACUUGCCCAAACUGCUAUCCCGGAAUAUUAUUGUGAAAAAAUCAUCGAACCAGAACUACCCGAACAAAAAAUACUACCCUGUCAACCACUCCUUCAGAAAGCGAAUGAAAUUUCCAAUUUACAAGUUUUUCCAGAAGAAAAUGAAUUUCUGUGUAAAGAAGAAUAUAUUGAAAUUAAGAUGGAGGAAGAUUCAACAACAGAAGUUCAGUCGAAAGAUUCCAAUGAAACGUGCACAUCUGGUUCGUACCAGAAUCCUAUCCCGGAACCUCACUGGGAAACACACACCGAACCAGAACAAGAAAUACUUCCUGACCAUGAACCCCUUUUUCAAAAGGCGGGUGAACAUUCUUAUCAAGUUUUUCUCGAUGACAGUGAAAUUGUCUGUAAAAAAGAAUAUAUUGAUUUUAAAAUGGAAGAAGAUUUAAAGCCAGAAGUUCAAUCAAAAGAUUCCAAUGAAAUCUGCACAUCUGGUACGAACCAGAAUCCUAUUCCGGAACUUGAAAAAGCGAAUGAAAAUUCUAAUCAAGUUUGCAAGGAAGUUAAAAAUUCUAAAAUUUAUUCGAAACCGAGAAAUUUUCUUUCUCGCCGCAAAGAUCUUAUCAAAUGGAAUUUAAUUGAUUCCCCCUACACGAGAAGAGUUCCUCCUGUAUCAAUGCAGAUGUUGAAAAAAGAAAAUGAGAAGCUCAGAAAAGAAAUUUCUCUUUGGAAACAAAAUUUGUACGCGGUCAAUCAGCAGCUGCACCAGACGAGGGAGCGUCGAAAUUUUUAUAAAAAAGAGCUGCAGAAAUUGAGAAAGCAAACUGUGGAUGAAUUUCUGGACAAGGAAGGCUGCACUGAAGAAAUUGCGAGAACCAUGGUGCAUCUUCAACUUCAUAAAAAGUAUGAGGCUUAUUCUGAGGCGGAAAAAGAUUUGGCGAAACUGAUAUUUCACCAUUCGGCAUCUGGAUACAUGCAUCUGCGAAAUGCCGGCUGCAUUUUGCCUCAUGAAAAUCAUGUGAGAAAAUGGCUCAAAUUAAUAUGAUUUUCAUUCCAAUUUUAAUGAAAACCGUGUUAGUUUAACCUGGAAAACCUGGAAAUGUCAGGGAUUUUUUAUUUCAAGUCAGGAAAUUUUUU